GUUUCUAAUGCCAUGAGAGGAUGGCAGAAGGUGCAGAUGGAGAGGAAGAGAUUCAGUUCUUGCGUACGGAUGAUCAGGUCGUGCUACAGUGCACUGCCUCCAUCCUAAAAGAACAGAUCAAGCUCUGUCUCUCAUGUGAAGGCUUUGGGAAUCGUCUCUGUUUCCUUGAAACCACCUCCAACGCUCAGAAUGUCCCUCCAGACCUGGCUAUCUGCUGCUUCAUUUUGGAGCAGUCCCUGUCUGUGCGGGCAUUGCAGGAGAUGCUGUCCAACUCCUCUCUGGAUGAGGCAGUCGAUUUGGACAAAUGGUCAUCACAGGGUGGGGGCCACCGAACACUGCUGUACGGACAUGCCAUCCUCCUGAAACACACUCACUCCAGCAUGUACUUGUGCUGUUUGACCACGUCCCGUUCACUGACAGACAAACUGGCUUUUGAUGUGGGCUUGCAGGAGGACUCUACAGGAGAGGCAUGCUGGUGGACCAUCCAUCCAGCCUCCAAACAGAGGUCUGAAGGCGAGAAGGUCAGGGUGGGAGAUGAUCUCAUUCUUGUCAGUGUGUCAUCAGAGAGAUACCUGCAUCUCUCGUAUGCCAGUGGUGACCUGAUGGUGGACGCUUCCUUCAUGCAGACACUGUGGACUAUGAACCCUGUGAUGUCUGGAUGUGAGCUGGCUGAAGGGUAUCUGACUGGAGGCUACGUACUCAGGCUGUUCCACGGUCACAUGGACGAAUGUUUGGCCAUCCCAGCAGCUGACCAAGGGGACGACCAGCGCAGAGUUGCUCAUUAUGAGGGAGGGGCUGUAUGCAGUCAUGCCCGAUCCUUAUGGAGACUUGAACCUCUGCGUAUUGGGUGGAGCGGCAGUCACAUCAAGUGGGGCCAGUCUUUCAGGAUUCGCCACAUAACCACAGGCAGAUACCUUUGUCUGGAUGAAGAGAAAGGGCUGCUGCUGGUGGACCCGGAGAAAGCAAAUUCCAAGAUGUCUGCCUUCUGUUUCAGAAUUUCAAAGGAGAAGAUUGAAGUGGCUCAGAAGCGAGAUGUGGAAGGCAUGGGCAUACCUGAGAUCAAAUACGGGGAGUCCAUGUGCUUCGUGCAGCAUGCAGCAACUGGCCUCUGGCUCACAUAUGCUGCUGUUGAUGCCAAAUCUGCCCGUCUGGGGCCUCUGAAGAGGAAGGCCAUUUUACACAAAGAAGGCCACAUGGACGAUGCCCUCACAGUCGCUCGAUCCCAGACAGAAGAGUCCCAGGCUGCCAGAAUGAUUUUCAGCACAACAGGCCUCUUCAACCAGUUCAUCAAAGGUCUUGAUGCGCUGAGUGGGAAAAACAAGUCUCCCAACCCCCCGUCUCUGCCCAUGGACUCGGUGGUUCUGUCCCUGCAGGACCUCAUCUUCUACUUCCGACCCCCCGAGGAGGAGCUGGAGCACGAGGAGAAGCAGUUCAAGCUUCGCUCCCUUAAGAACAGACAGAACCUUUUCCAAGAGGAGGGCAUGAUCACACUGGUUCUGGACUGUGUUGAUCGGCUUAAUGUCUACAACACAGCAGCUCACUUCUCAGAGUUUGCUGGGGAGGAAGCUGCAGAAUCAUGGAAGGAGAUAGUAAAUUUAUUAUAUGAACUGCUAGCUUCUUUGAUCAGAGGAAACCGUGCAAACUGUGCCCUGUUCUGUGAUAACCUUGACUGGCUGGUCAGUAAACUGGACCGUCUGGAAGCGUCUUCAGGAAUCUUAGAGGUGUUGUACUGUGUUCUGAUCGAGAGUCCAGAGGUCUUGAAUAUUAUCAAGGAGAAUCACAUCAAAUCAAUCAUCUCUCUUCUGGAUAAACAUGGACGCAAUCAUAAGGUCUUGGACGUGCUGUGCUCCCUCUGUGUGUGUAACGGUGUGGCUGUGAGGUCCAACCAGAAUCUCAUCACUGAGAAUCUGCUUCCAGGUCGUGACCUCCUUCUUCAAACCAACAUCAUCAACUACGUAACCAGCAUGAGACCAAACAUUUUCCUUGGCACAUGUGAAGGAUCCACCCAGUUUAAAAAGUGGUAUUUUGAGGUGAUGGUAGACAUCGUGGAGCCCUUCCUGACCGCUCAGCCCUUCCACCUGCGUGUGGGCUGGGCUCUGACUGAGGGCUUCAGCCCCUAUCCCGGAGGAGGGGAGGGCUGGGGGGCCAACGGGGUUGGAGACGACCUCUACUCCUACGGCUUUGAUGGACUGCACCUCUGGUCAGGUCGAGUUCCACGUAAUGUCGCCACGCCCAACCAGCACAUCUUGGCAGCAGGGGAUGUGAUCAGCUGUUGUUUGGAUCUGAGCGUGCCCAGUAUUUCAUUCCGUAUGAACGGGCACCCUGUCCAGGGCAUGUUUGAGAACUUCAACCUGGAUGGCCUGUUCUUCCCUGCUGUCAGCUUUUCUGCAGGCGUUAAGGUGCGAUUCCUUCUUGGUGGGCGUCAUGGGGAUUUUAAGUUCCUCCCACCUCCAGGUUACGCUCCGUGCCAUGAGGCAGUGCUGCCCAGGGAUCGUUUGCGGAUUGAGCCCAUCAAGGAAUAUAAGCAUGACUUUAAUGGAGUCCGUAACCUUUUAGGCCCCACACAGUCCCUCUCACAUACUGCCUUCACUCCCUGCCCUGUGGACACAGUACAGAUUGUGCUUCCUCCACAUUUGGAGCGCAUUCGCGAGAAGCUAGCAGAAAAUAGCCAUGAAUUAUGGGCUGUUACUCGAAUUGAACAAGGAUGGACCUAUGGAUCAUUUCGUGAUGACAACAAGAAGCUUCACCCAUGUCUGGUAGAUUUCCAGAGUCUGCCAGAACCAGAGAAGAAUUACAAUUUGGCAAUGUCAGGAGAGACACUUAAGACCCUGCUAGCACUGGGCUGCCACGUGGGAAUGGGAGAUGAGAAAGCAGAGGAGAAUCUGAAAAAGAUCAAGCUCCCCAAAACUUACAUGCAGAGCAGUGGGUACAAGCCGGCGCCUCUCGACCUCAACCAUGUCAAGCUGACCCCUAAUCAGAACACACUGGUGGAGAGACUGGCAGAAAACGGACACAACGUGUGGGCAAGAGACCGGGUCCGUCAGGGCUGGACGUAUAGUAUUGUGCAGGAUAUAAUGAACAAGCGUAAUCCUCGUCUGGUUCCUUACAACCUACUCGAUGAAAAGACCAAAAAGACCAAUAGAGACACUGUUUGUGCAGCUGUUCGCACUCUUAUUGGCUAUGGUUACAACAUAGAACCACCUGACCAAGAGAGCAGCGGGCAUGGGCCAGGCGGUGCCCGAGGAGAUAAGAUCCGGGUGUUCAGAGCGGAGAAGUCUUACGCCGUCACGCAGGGGAAAUGGUACUUUGAGUUUGAGGCCGUCACAGUCGGGGAGAUGAGAGUGGGCUGGGCCAGACCUAGCGUCCGUGCCGAUACUGAACUUGGCGCAGAUGAGUUGGCUUACAUCUUUAAUGGUUUCAAGGCCCAACGUUGGCAUAUGGGAAAUGAGUCGUUUGGUCGUCAGUGGCAGUCUGGUGAUGUUGUCGGCUGUAUGAUCGACCUCACUGAGAUGAACAUCAUGUUCACCCUCAACGGAGAGAUGCUGAUCAGUGACUCAGGCUCAGAGAUGGCCUUUAAAGAUAUAGAGAUUGGAGAGGGCUUUAUUCCGGUUUGCAGUCUGGGCCUGUCUCAAGUUGGCAGGAUCAACCUGGGCCAGAACGUCAGCAGUCUGCGUUACUUCACCAUCUGUGGCCUGCAGGAGGGAUUUGAGCCCUUUGCUAUCAACAUGAAAAGAGACAUCACCAUGUGGUUCAGCAAGAGCCUGCCCCAAUUCAUCCCUGUCCCUACAGACCAUCCCCAUAUUGAGAUGUCUCGUGUGGACGGGACAGUGGACAGUGCACCUUGUCUGAAAGUGACCCACAAGACCUUCGGCUCUCAGAACGCCAACACAGAUUUACUUUUCCUCAGACUCAGCAUGCCAGUUGAGUUUCACGAGACCUUCAAAGUCCCAGCAGGGACCACCCUCCUCACUCGCGCCCUGACGAUCCCCGAGGACGAGGUGGUAGAGGUGGACCCUGACUCCGACUUUGAGGUGCUCAAGAAGUCGGCCUCUCGCAAGGAGCAGGAGGAGGAGAAGAAAGAGUCCUCGGUGCCAAAGGAGAUCCCUGCCAUCAAAAAUGGAGAGAACGAGAAGGACGCCUCCACUGAGAAGAGCAAGAAGAGAGGGUUCCUUUUCAAGGCUAAAAAGGCUGCAUUAAUUACUCCUCCCCCUGUUAUUCCCACAAUGCCACGCUUAGUAGAGGACGUGGUGCCAGAUGACCGUGAUGACGUUGACAUAAUCCUCAACACCACCACAUACUAUUACUCUGUGCGAGUGUUUGCGGGGCAGGAGCCCAGUGGUGUGUGGGUGGGCUGGAUCACGCCUGACUAUCAUCAGUAUGACCCUCACUUUGACCUCAGCAAAGUGAGAAAUGUAACGGUCACUGUCGGUGAUGACAAAGGCAACAUUCAUGAUAGUAUAAAACGCAGUAACUGCUACAUGGUUUGUGGAGGGGACUUCAGCAGCUCCCAGCAGACCCGGGUCAGUCAGGAGGAUUUUGUGAUAGGCUGUCUUAUUGACUUGGAUACAGGACUCAUGACUUUCACUGCCAAUGGAAAAGAGAUCAACACAUUUUACCAGGUGGAGCCAAACACAAAGCUGUUCCCUGCCGUCUUUGUCCUACCAUCCAGUCAGAAUAUGAUUCAAGUUGAGCUUGGCAAGCUUAAGAACAUUAUGCCAAUCUCAGCAGCCAUGUUUCGGAGUGAGCGCAAGAACCCGGUUCCCCAGUGUCCCCCCAGACUGGAUGUCCAGAUGUUGACCCCAGUCAUCUGGAGUCGCAUGCCAAACCACUUCCUGGCUCCAGAGACAGCACGUGUUAGCGAGAGAAUGGGCUGGAGGGUUGAGUGUAGGGAGCCCCUCACUAUGAUGGCCCUCCACAUCCCAGAGGAAAACAGGUGUAUUGACAUCCUGGAGCUGUCUGAACAUAUGGACCUGCUGAAAUUCCACUACCACACUCUGAAGUUGUAUGGCUCAGUGUGCGCUCUGGGAAACAACCGUGUGGCUCAUGCUCUGUGCAGCCAUGUGGACGAGUCCCAACUCUUCUACGCCAUCGAAAACACCUACUUACCUGGACCAAUGAGGAGCGGCUUCUAUGACCUGCUUAUCAGUAUGCACCUGGAGUCUGCCAAGAGGAGCCGCCUGGGCACCAACAAGGAAUUCAUUGUACCCAUGACAGAUGAGACUCGCACCAUCACCCUGUACUCUGACCAAGAUAAAGCUCAUGCUUUACCUGGGGUCGGCCUCACCACAUGUCUGCGUCCUAAACUCCAUUUCUCGUCCACUGGGUUUGUGGGAACAAACCUGGACAUCUACACCCUGAGUCCAGUCAUUCCCUUAGAGGUGCUGAAGACCAAGGCUCUGAACAUGCUGACUGAAGCUGUGCAGGAUGGCGGUCAGGCAAUGAGAGAUCCUGUAGGAGGCAGCGUCGAAUUUCAUUUUGUUCCGAUCCUCAAGCUCAUCAGCACCCUCCUCAUCAUGGGUGUGUUUGACGAUGAAGAUGUCAAGCAUAUUCUGAAGAUGAUUGAGCCCACAGUUUUCAGCUCUGAGAUAGUAGAAGCCCCUGCUGAAGAGGACCAAAAAGCAAAGGGAGAGAAGGAACAAAAGACAGCCAUUAAAGCAGAAGAAGUGGUGAAGGAAAAGGAGCAGGGCGCAGCAGAGGAAGAAGAUGAGGAGGAAUUUGAAGAUGAAGGCAUGGAGGAGGAGGAUUAUGAGGAGGAGGAGGAAGAAGAGCAGUUAGAGGUAGAGGAAGAAGAGGAUGAGGCACAACCCACCGGGCCAGAUGAAGAAAUGAUAGAGGAGACAGAGCCAUUAAAUGAGGAAAAGGGAGCUGAAGAAACGGAGAAAAAGACAAAACCUGGAGAGACAGGCGGUGACGCAAAAGAAGCUCUAGAUGAAGGACUUUUCCAGAUGAAGCUACCAGAGUCUGUCAAACUGCAGAUGUGCACUCUGCUGCAGUAUUUCUGUGACUGUGAGCUGCGUCACAGAGUGGAGGCCAUCAUUGCCUUUUCAGACACGUUUGUCAGCCAAAUACAAGCAAACCAGAGGCAACGCUACAAUGAGCUGAUGAUGGCGUUCACCAUGAGCGCUGCUGAGACCGCCCGCAAGACCCGUGAAUUCCGCUCCCCACCACAGGAGCAGGUCAACAUGCUUAUGAACUUUAAGAACUGUGCUGAGGACGAGGAGUGCCCUGUUCCUGAUGAGGUCCGCGAUUCUCUGCUGUUGUUUCACAAUGACCUGCUGGCACACUGUGGUGUACAUAUUGAGGAAGAAGAGCAAGAGGAACAGGUGGAUGACUCUCUCCGUGGACGGCUGCUCCGUUUGCUGGAAAAAGUGAGGAAAUUACGUCAGAGGAAAGUGGAGACCGAACCUGAGCCGGAGGAGGAGAAAAAACCUGGGACCUUGCAGGAGCUGAUUUCCCAUACGAUGAUUCACUGGGCCCAGGAGUCGUUCAUCCAGAACCCUGAGCUUGUGCGCAUGAUGUUCAGCCUCCUGCACCGGCAGUAUGACGGGCUGGGAGAGCUUAUCCGUGCCCUGCCCAAGGCUUACACCAUCAACGCAGUGUCCAUUCAAGACACUAUGGACCUGCUUGAGUGCUUGGGCCAGAUCCGCUCACUGCUUAUCGUCCAGAUGGGACCAGAGGAGGAGAGGCUGAUGAUUCAAAGCAUUGGGAACAUCAUGAGUAACAAAGUCUUCUACCAGCACCCCAACUUGAUGCGAGCCUUGGGCAUGCAUGAAACUGUCAUGGAGGUUAUGGUCAAUGUACUGGGUGGCGGAGACUCAAAGGAGAUCAGAUUCCCUCGGAUGGUUACAAACUGUUGCCGUUUUCUGUGCUACUUCUGCCGCAUCAGUCGUCAGAAUCAGCGCUCCAUGUUUGACCAUCUCAGCUACCUUCUGCAGAACAGUGGCAUCGGCCUUGGAAUGCGGGGCUCCACUCCCUUAGAUGUGGCUGCAGCCUCUUGUAUUGACAACAAUGAGCUGGCAUUGGCUCUGCAAGAGCAGGACUUAGAGAUGGUGGUGAAGUAUUUAGCUGGAUGUGGACUGCAGAGCUGCCCAAUGCUCCUGUCUAAGGGCUACCCUGAUAUUGGCUGGAACCCUUGUGGUGGAGAGAAAUACCUUGACUUCCUCCGUUUUGCCGUAUUUGUCAAUGGAGAGAGCGUGGAAGAGAAUGCCAACGUGGUGGUGCGUCUCCUCAUUCGUAGACCUGAGUGUUUUGGCCCAGCCCUGAGAGGGGAGGGUGGUAACGGCCUGUUGGCUGCCAUAGAAGAGGCCAUCAAAAUAUCAGAGGACCCUGCAAGGGAUGGCCCCACUGUUAAGAAAGACAGACGUUUCCCCAUGUUUGGAGGAGAAGAGCAGCAUGAGGAGAACAGAGUUCACCUGGGAAAUGCCAUCAUGUCCUUCUACUCUGCCCUGAUUGACUUGCUGGGACGCUGUGCUCCAGAGAUGCAUUUGAUCCAAGCUGGUAAGGGUGAAGCCCUGAGGAUCCGGGCAAUCCUGAGAUCUCUGGUUCCUAUUGAGGAUCUGGUGGGAGUCAUCAGCCUGCCUGUUCAGAUUCCUUCUUUUGGAAAAGACAACAGCAUCAUAGAGCCGAAAAUGUCAGCCAGUUUUGUGCCAGAUCACAAAGCUCCCAUGGUGCUGUUCCUGGACAGAGUGUAUGGUAUUGACAACCAAGACUUCCUGCUCCAUGUAUUGGAGGUGGGCUUUCUGCCUGACAUGAGGGCUGCUGCCUCUCUGGACACGGCUGCUUUCAGCACCACAGAAAUGGCCCUCGCUUUGAAUCGCUACCUGUGCUCUGCUGUGUUGCCCCUCAUCACCAAGUGUGCCCCGCUGUUUGCUGGCAGUGACCACCGAGCCAUAAUGAUUGACUCCAUGUUGCAUACAAUCUACCGGCUGUCUCGUGGACGAGCCUUCACAAAGGCCCAAAGAGACAUCAUUGAAGAGUGCCUUAUGGCUCUGUGCAAACAUCUACGUCCAUCCAUGCUCCAGCACCUGCUGAGACGUUUGGUGUUUGAUGUGCCCAUUCUCAAUGAGUAUGCCAAAAUGCCACUGAAGCUUCUGACCAAUCAUUAUGAGCGCUGUUGGAAAUAUUACUGCCUCCCUAAUGGCUGGGCAAACUUUGGAGUGGCAUCGGAGGAGGAGCUGCACCUGACCCGCAAGCUGUUCUGGGGGAUCUUUGAGUCACUCGCACACAAGAAAUUUGAUGCUGAGAUUUUCAAAAUUUCUAUGCCAUGCAUCUGCGCCAUUGCCGGAGCCAUACCUCCUGACUAUGUGGAUGCCAGCUACUCCUCCAAAACAGAGAAAAAAGCCUCAGUAGAUGCAGAAGGAAACUUUGACCCCAAACCAGUUGAGACCACAAACACUAUCAUUCCAGAGAGGCUGGAUUCCUUUAUCAACAAAUACGCUGAAUAUACACAUGAUAAGUGGGCUUUUGAAAAGAUUCAGAAUAACUGGUCGUACGGAGAAGUGCUGGAUGAAAAUGCAAAAACCCAUCCCAUGCUCAGACCAUACAAAACUUUCUCAGAGAAGGACAAAGAGAUCUACCGUUGGCCCAUUAAAGAAUCCAUCAAAGCCAUGCUUGCAUGGGAGUGGACCAUAGAUAAAGCUAGAGAGGAAGAAGAGUCAGAGAAGAAGAAGGCAGCAUCUCGAAAGAUCUCCCAAACAGCACAGGCAACCUAUGAUCCAAGCCAUGGUUACAGUCCCCAGCCCAUUGAAAUCUCACAUAUGGCUCUUUCAAGAGACCUUCAGUCUAUGGCAGAGCAAUUGGCAGAAAAUUACCACAACACCUGGGGGCGGAAAAAGAAACUGGAGCUGCAGGCAAAAGGAGGGGGCACACAUCCUUUGCUGGUGCCCUAUGACACUCUGACAGCAAAAGAAAAGGCACGAGACAGAGAGAAGGCUCACGAGCUGCUCAAAUUCCUGCAGCUUAAUGGAUAUGCUGUCACAAGGGGCCUUAAAGAUAUGGAGUCUGACAUCUCAUCUAUCGAGAAGAGAUUUGCCUAUGGUUUCCUGCAGAAGCUGUUGAAAUGGAUGGAAAUUGCCCAGGAGUUUAUCGCUCAUCUUGAGGCUGUGGUAAGCAGUGGACGCGUGGAGAAGUCUCCUCAUGAGCAAGAAAUCAAAUUCUUUGCCAAGAUCCUGUUGCCUUUGAUCAACCAGUACUUUAAAAACCACUGCCUCUACUUCCUCUCUACACCUGCCAAAGUUCUGGGCAGUGGUGGGCAUUCCUCUAACAAGGAGAAGGAGAUGAUUGCAAGUAUCUUCUGUAAAAUGUCUGCUCUGGUGAGACACAGAGUUUCUCUUUUUGGAACCGAUGCUCCAGCGAUUGUUAACUGUCUUCACAUUCUGGCACGAUCACUGGAUGCAAGGACAGUGAUGAAGUCUGGGCCUGAGAUUGUCAAAGCAGGGUUGCGGUCAUUCUUUGAGAGCGCUGCUGAUGAUAUAGAGAAAAUGGUAGAAAACCUCAAACUAGGGAAAGUAUCUAAAGGCAAUCAGCAAGUAAAAGGUGUGUCCCAAAACAUUAACUACACCACCGUCGCCUUGCUCCCAGUUCUUACCUCCCUGUUCGACCACAUCGCUCAGCACCAGUUUGGAGAUGAUGUCAUAUUGGAUGAUCUACAGAUGUCAUGUUAUCGCAUUAUGUGUAGUAUCUACUCCCUCGGCACUGUCAAGAAUCCACAUGUUGAGAGGCAGAGGCCAGCUCUUGGAGAGUGUCUGGCUCACCUUGCAGCUGCUAUGCCGGUUGCCUACUUGGAACCCCAUCUAAACGAGUUCAAUGCUUUCUCAGUCUACACCACGAAGACACCCAGGGAGAGAGCCAUUUUGGGACUUCCAAACGAAGUCCAGGAGUUGUGCCCGGAUAUUCCCGAGCUGGACAUUCUGCUAAAGGACAUCGGGGACUUGGCAGAGUCAGGUGCCCGUUAUACUGAGAUGCCACAUGUGAUUGAGAUCACUUUGCCCAUGCUUUGCAACUAUCUGCCCCGCUGGUGGGAGAGAGGCUCUGAGAACUUCCCUGAGCUGGAGGGCCAGCUGUGCACCGAUGUCACCUCAGAACAUCUCAACCAGCUGCUAGGCAGUAUCAUGAAGAUUGUCGUCAAUAACCUGGGUAUUGAUGAGGCCUCCUGGAUGAAGAGGUUGGCUGUGUUUUCACAGCCUAUUGUGAGCAGGGCAAAGCCGGAAAUGCUCAAGUCCCACUUUAUCCCAACAAUGGAGAAGCUGAAGAAGCGUACAGGAAAGGUUGUGGCUGAAGAGGACCAUCUGCGCAUGGAGGGCAAAUCAGAGGGGGAUGAGGAAGAUGGCACCAUACGUGAUGAGUUUGCUGUCCUCUGCAGAGACUUGUAUGCCCUCUACCCUCUCCUCAUCCGCUAUGUGGACAACAACAGGGCAAGGUGGUUGACAUGCCCAGAUCCAGAUGCAGAGGAGCUGUUUCGAAUGGUUGGAGAGGUUUUCAUUUUCUGGUCCAAAUCUCAUAAUUUCAAGCGGGAAGAGCAAAACUUUGUAGUGAUGAAUGAGAUCAAUAACAUGUCAUUCCUCACUGCUGACAGCAAGAGCAAAAUGAGCAAGGGUGGGGGCUCAGAUACGGAACGCACCAAAAAGAAGAGGAGGGGAGAUCGUUACUCUGUUCAGACUUCCCUUAUUGUGGCUGCUUUGAAAAAGAUGCUCCCCAUCGGCCUCAACAUGUGCUCUCCAGCCGAUCAGGAGCUUAUCAACUUGGCCAAGAUUCGAUACUCUUUGAGAGACACUAAUGAGGAAGUGAGAGAGUUCCUGCAAAACAACCUCCAUCUUCAGGGCAAGGUGGACAACCCGUCUAUGCGCUGGCAGAUGGCCCUGUACAAGGAGAUGGCAGGGAAAGCUGAGGAUGCUGAUGCCCCUGACAAAGUUGUGAAGAGAGUGCAGGAGGUUUCUGCUGUCCUUUAUCAUCUUGAAGUGACGGAGCACCCCUUUAAAUCCAAGAAGAUGGUAUGGCACAAGCUGUUGUCCAAGCAGAGACGCAGGGCUGUGGUGGCCUGCUUUAGGAUGACACCACUUUACAACCUUCCAAGGCACAGAGCUUCAAACAUGUUCCUUGAGGGAUACAAACGCAACUGGAUCCAUACAGAGGGCUACUCCUUUGAAGACAGGAUGAUAGAUGACUUAUCUAAAGCGAUGGAGCAAGAGGAAGGAGAUGAGGAGGAGGAGACAGAAACCAAGCCAGACCCCCUUCACCAACUCAUUCUGCAUUUCAGUCGUACUGCUCUAACAGAAAAGAGCAAACUUGAAACAGAUCAUCUUUACAUGGCAUAUGCAGAUAUUAUGGCAAAGAGUUGCCAUAUUGGUGAGGAGGAAGAAGGGGGAGAGGAGGUGGUGGAAAGUGCUGAGGAUGAGAUGUCCUUUGAGGUGCGACAGUCAGAACUGGAAAAAGAAAUGGAGAAACAAAGACUCUUGUACCAGCAGUCCAGACUUCAUAACCGGGGCGCUGCAGAGAUGGUCCUGCAAAUGAUCAGUGCCUGCAAAGGUGAGACUGGCCCCAUGGUGACCUCUACCCUGAAGCUGGGUAUCUCUAUCUUAAAUGGUGGAAACAGCGAGGUUCAGCAGAAAAUGCUUGAGUACCUAAAGGAUAAGAAGGAUGUGGGCUUCUUUCUGAGUGUCCAGGCAUUGAUGCAGACGUGCUGUGUCCUGGAUCUAAAUGCCUUUGAGAGGCAGAACAAGGCAGAGGGACUGGGCAUGGUUUCGGAGGAGGGCACCAGUGAGAAAGUCAUGGCAGAUGAUGAGUUCACGUGUGACCUCUUCCGUUUCUUGCAGCUGCUUUGUGAGGGUCACAAUAAUGAUUUUCAAAACUACUUGCGCACACAGACAGGCAGUACAACUACCAUCAACAUCAUCAUCUGCACAGUAGAUUACCUCCUCCGAUUGCAGGAGUCUAUUAGUGAUUUCUACUGGUAUUACUCUGGCAAGGAGAUCAUUGAUGAACCAGGGAAGAAGAAUUUCUCCAAAGCGAUGACAGUUGCUAAACAGAUUUUCAACAGUCUGACUGAGUAUAUUCAGGGGCCGUGCACAGGCAACCAGCAGUCCCUGGCCCACAGCAGGCUGUGGGAUGCUGUGGUGGGCUUCCUCCAUGUCUUUGCCCACAUGAUGAUGAAGUUGGCUCAGGAUUCCAGCCAAAUUGGUCUGCUAAAGGAGCUUCUUGACCUUCAGAAAGACAUGGUUGUUAUGCUGCUCUCACUGCUGGAGGGAAAUGUGGUGAAUGGUACAAUUGCCCGUCAAAUGGUCGACAUGCUGGUGGAGUCCUCCAGCAACGUGGAGAUGAUCCUCAAGUUUUUUGACAUGUUCCUCAAACUGAAGGACAUUGUGGCUUCAGAUGCUUUCCGUGAUUAUGUCACUGACCCAAGAGGACUGAUCUCCAAGAAGGACUUCCAGAAGGCUAUGGACAGUCAGAAGCAGUACUCCCCCUCUGAAAUCCAGUUCCUUUUGUCCUGUUCAGAGGCUGAUGAGAACGACAUGAUCAACUACGAGGAGUUUGCCAGUCGCUUCCAGGAACCUGCCAAGGACAUUGGCUUCAACAUUGCAGUGCUGCUCACCAACCUCUCUGAACAUGUUCCCCAUGACAGCAGGCUGCAGAACUUCCUGGAACAGGCAGAGAGUGUGCUGAACUACUUCCGCCCCUUCCUGGGCCGCAUUGAAAUAAUGGGUGCCAGUAGAAAGAUUGAACGCAUCUACUUUGAGAUCAGUGAGGUGAACCGUAGACAGUGGGAGAUGCCACAGGUCAGAGAAUCCAAACGACAGUUUAUCUUUGAUGUGGUCAAUGAGGGAGGUGAAUCUGAGAAGAUGGAGAUGUUUGUCAAUUUCUGUGAGGACACCAUCUUUGAGAUGAAUAUAGCUUCACAGAUUUCAGAGCAGGAGGAAGAAGAAAAGGAGGAAGAGGAUGAUGAGGUAGUAGAAGGUGGAGGGGAGGGAGGACCAGGAGGGGGCGCAAAUGGAGGAGGAGAUGAGGACAGUAAUGGAGAGGAAGGGCCACCAGAAUCAAGCUCUGCCUUUGCAGACUUCAUAAACAGCAUGUUUGGCUUACUUAGUGUUUUCACCUUCCGGAACCUGCGCAGACAAUACCGCAGGGUGAGAAAGAUGACCAUAAAGGAGAUUGUGGUGGCUUUGUCCACUUUCUUUUGGACAAUCCUGAUGAGCAUACUCCACUUCAUUUACAGUGUGUGCAAAGGCGUCUUUAUGCUUAUCUGGCAAACCCUGUUUGGAGGUGGCCUUGUGGAGGGGGCCAAAAACAUCACUGUGACUGAGAUUCUUGCCAGCAUGCCAGAUCCCACACAGGAUGAUGUUCAUGGGGAUGUGCCAGGAGAACCAAGGGCAGGGGAAGAACAAGACACUGGAGGGGUGACUGACACUGGGGAGACUGGGAGUGGAGAGGAGGAGGAGGAGGAUACCCAAGAAAAGGAGGGUGGGAGAAUACCAGGUAUGGAUGCUCCAGGUGGACUUGGAGACAUGGGUGUUGAGGCACCUGUUGAGCCUCCAACUCCUGAAGGGACGCCGAUAACAAAGAGAAAGCAGCAACCAGAGGAAGCUGAUGCUGGACAGAAACCGCCUGAACCUCUGGCCAUUGAGGAACCUCCUCCAGAGCCUGAGAAGGCUGAUGUUGAAAAUGGAGAGAAAGCAGAGAAAGAGUCUCAGACCAAAAAGGAAGAACCACCAGUGGCACCAAAGAAAUCUGCAGCCAAGAAAGACAAAAAACCCAAAAAGGAGGGUUUCCAAAUCUGGACUGAGCUGGAUGUCCAAAGGAAUAAAUUUAUGAACUACCUCUCAAGAAACUUCUACAAUCUGCGUUUUCUGGCUCUGUUCAUCGCAUUUGCCCUGAACUUCAUUCUGCUGUUCUACAGGGUGUCUGACACCCCCCCUGAGGGAGAGGAGAUGGAAGGAUCUGGGUUGUUCGAGGGAGGGACGACAUAUGAAGGCUCUGGGCUAUAUGAAGGCUCAGGAGAAGAGGCUGAGGGAUCUGGGAUGGGUGAAGGAGAUGAGGACGAGGACGACGUACCAGUUUAUUACUUCUUAGAGGAGAGCACUGGCUACAUGCAGCCCACAAUGGCCUUCCUUUCAGUCCUGCACACAGUCAUCUCCUUCAUAUGUAUCAUUGGAUACAACUGCCUUAAGAUACCACUGGUGAUCUUUAAGAGGGAGAAGGAGCUUGCCAGGAAGCUGGAGUUUGAUGGCCUCUACAUCACUGAGCAGCCUGAGGAUGAUGACAUCAAGGGCCAGUGGGAUCGACUGGUCUUGAAUACACCCUCUUUCCCAAAUAACUACUGGGACAAAUUUGUCAAGCGAAAGGUUCUGGAUAAGUAUGGAGACAUAUAUGGCAGAGAGAGAAUUGCUGAGCUGCUGGGAGUGGAUUUAGCCUCCCUAGAUGUUAGUCAACAACAUGAGAAGAAACAGGAGGAGCCAGACAACUCCAUGUUCACAUGGGUUACUUCCAUUGACAUCAAAUACCAGAUCUGGAAAUUUGGUGUUGUUUUCACGGACGGUACUUUCCUUUAUCUCUGUUGGUACUUGGUGAUGUCUUUGCUCGGUCACUACAACAACUUCUUUUUCGCCUGUCACCUCCUGGAUAUUGCUAUGGGUGUCAAGACUCUGCGCACAAUCCUGUCCUCGGUCACCCACAAUGGAAAGCAGCUAAUGAUGACAGUGGGCCUUCUGGCUGUGGUGGUGUACCUCUACACUGUGGUUGCCUUCAACUUCUUCCGCAAGUUUUAUAACAAGAGUGAGGAUGAAGACGAGCCAGAUAUGAAAUGUGAUGACAUGAUGACUUGUUACCUGUUCCAUAUGUACGUGGGAGUGCGGGCUGGCGGUGGCAUAGGCGAUGAGAUUGAAGAUCCUGCCGGUGAUGAAUAUGAGCUUUACCGAGUCGUCUUUGACAUCACUUUCUUCUUCUUUGUCAUUGUCAUUCUGCUGGCCAUUAUUCAGGGUCUGAUCAUUGAUGCUUUUGGAGAACUUAGAGACCAACAAGAACAAGUCAAGGAAGAUAUGGAGACAAAAUGCUUCAUAUGUGGCAUUGGAAGUGACUACUUUGAUACGACACCACAUGGCUUCGAGACGCACACCUUCGAUGAACACAACCUGGCCAAUUACAUGUUCUUCCUAAUGUACCUCAUAAACAAAGAUGAAACGGAGCACACUGGACAGGAGUCGUAUGUGUGGAAGAUGUACCAGGAGCGAUGCUGGGACUUCUUCCCUGCUGGAGACUGUUUCAGGAAGCAAUAUGAGGAUCAACUUUCCUAGCUGAGCCGUGGCUUACAGAUGGGGAUGGAAAAAGCCAAGUAGUGGCCUGCUACUUCAUUGCUAGAAAAAAGAAAUCUCUAUUGAUUUUUGAAAUUGAAAAAUGCAAAAUUAAUUUCUCAAGUAGGCCUAUAAUUCAAGGAAAAAUCCAGCCUAAAACACAUGAAAAAUCAGCCAUUUUAAAUUGGGUACUGAUUAUUUGCAUGCUGUUUUAUUGUUGUAGGGUGUAAUUCCAUUUUGCACAGAGAGCAGCUGCAGCUACAGUGGAGUUUAAUAGGAGAAAGAAGUGAGCUCUCCUUCUAUGCUGAAUUUCCCCCUGCAUGUUUGUUUAACAUUAAUGUGUUUUAUACUAAAUUUCCCAGAAACUGGUAAUUUACAUGAUACAAUAAAUGUGAUUACAAUCAAACAUUUAUUUUACCAUUAGCAGAGUCAAGAGCUCUGACAUAUUUUUAUAUCAUAUUAUGAAGAAGUUGAGCCUUUCUCACUCAACUCAGAACACAGGAACCAGCAAGCAACAUGUUUUUCUCUCCUUUAUAGCUUUAAUUUUCUGUCUGUUGAGGUAAAAGGACAAAACCACUGUUUUUGUGAGAAUAUCAUAGCACAAGUAACUGUGCAACAACACCAGUUACAUCAGCUUUAACAUACAUAACCCAAUGUACUCACAUGUUAGUCAUGUAUAAUUGUGACACUUGGCCUUUCUCUUUUUUACAUAAUCAAUAAUUUCAUGCAGAUGCAUUCAUUGUAUUUAUUAAAUUCCCUUUGAAUGCUAUGGUUAUGAAAUUGCUUUGGAUCUGCCAUAUUUCUGCCAUAGAAUGAACAGGCA